AACGCACGCGGUCCCAAGCGCACGGCUUGCCUCGGACUCCCCAUGCUCUCGACACUGGGCAGGUGCCCGUCGUCGUACGCGGCGUUGCGGUCCACACGACGAAUACAACAGCCGCUGCGGAUACACCGCGCAAUACCGGCGACCAGUUCCCCCUGCUGGAGGCGGCAUGCAUCCACCCAGAAGACUCCUGCUCCCAAGGCCGACACGAAGCGCGGUUUCCUCUCGCGAAUACUGCCCCCUUCAUUGAGGUCGUCCGACGGUGCGCCGAGCGCGUCGUCGUUCCGCAAGAUUGUCGCGCUCGCCAAGACGGAGAAGCGGCCCCUCGGGACCGCCGUCGGGCUGCUGUUGAUCUCGUCCUCGGUCUCAAUGAGUAUACCGUUUACGAUCGGGAAGCUCAUUGACUUCUUCGCGUCAACCGACCCUCAAAUACCGUACGGGCUGAGCUUGGCGCAGGCGUCGGCUAUCCUACUCGCUCUGUUCACGGCUGGGGCGGCGGCGAACGCGGGACGGUCUUUUCUCAUGAGAAUGGCAGGGCAGAGAAUUGUCGCUCGCCUCCGUGAACGGAUGUACGGAAGUGCUCUCCGACAAGAAGUAGAGUAUGUCGAGCGCGGCGAGGGUGACGUCAUAAGUAGGCUUAGCGUGGAUAGUAGCAUCGUGGGUGAAAGCGUCACACAGAACCUUUCCGACGGUCUACGUGCCGUUGUGAUGUCAUCUGCUGGACUCGCCGCCAUGUUCUACAUCUCACCGUCGCUGACUACCUUGAUGCUCGUGGUUGUACCUCCCGUCUCCCUUGGUGCGGUCUUUUAUGGCCGAUACCUCAAGCGCCUUUCCAACCGAACUCAAGAAGCUGUCGGUGACAUGACUAAGGUCGCCCAAGAAUCGCUGUCAGCGCUACGCACGGUCCAGGCAUUCAACGCUCAACCACAAGAGGAACAGAGAUUCCACGAAAAGGUUCGAUAUGUCCUAUCUCUCGUCCGCAAGGAAGCAGUUGCAAGCGGUAUCUUCUUCGGUAUGACCGGCUGGAGUGGAAAUGUCACCCUGUUGGCGCUACUUGGCUACGGCGGAUCCUUGGUCUCUCAGGGUGCCAUCACCGUGGGCGAACUUACAAGUUUGCUCAUGUACACGGUCUAUGUCGGAAGCGGAUUACAGAUGCUGACCUCAUUCUUCGCAUCUAUCAUGCGAGGAAUAGGCGCUGGACAGCGCAUCUUCGAGCUCCUGGAUCGCACUCCGGCCAUACCUACCGAGACCGGCGUAAAUGUGGACCCGACACGCCGCGGCACCAUCAAGUUUGAGCACGUCAGCUUUGAGUACCCCAGUCGGAAGGGUACUGAAGUGCUGAAGGACUUCAAUCUCGAAGUUUCCGUCGGCGAGAGCGUAGCAUUAGUCGGACAGAGUGGUAGCGGCAAAUCGUCGACGCACUCGCUCCUGCUUCGGUACUACGACCCUAUCAGGGGCAAAGUCACUUUUGAUGGCCAGGAUAUCCGGGAGUUCAACCCUACUUCCUGGCGCAACCUCAUUGGUGUGGUCCCUCAGGACCCUGUCAUGUUUACAGGAACCAUCGCAUCCAAUAUCGCAUACGGCAAACCAGACGCUACUCGUGAAGAAAUUGAAGCAGCUGCACGUCAAGCGAACUGCGAGUUCGUGUGGGGCAUGCCUAAAGGUUUCGAUACCGAGAUUGGACGUCUUUCUCUCAGCGGUGGUCAGCGGCAACGGCUAGCCAUCGCUCGCGCUCUGCUGAAGAAGCCGGCCAUCCUGGCGCUAGACGAGGCCACGUCGUCGUUGGACGCUGCGUCGGAACACCGGGUGAACGACGCUAUUGACAGGAUUCUCCAAUCGCGGGAGACUACAUGUCUCAUUGUCGCGCACCGACUUUCCACAAUUGCACGCGCUGAACGUAUAGUGGUCCUGGAAGAUGGCCGCAUUACGGAAUCUGGCUCAUACAGGGAACUAACACGCCGACCGGAUUCGCGCUUCCGGGCAUUGAUGGCUGCUCAGCUGAAUGCGGCCGCGACCGGGGCGGACGGCGAUAUUUUGCACGAUUAACGCUGCGUCUUGGGGACACCCGCGAGGUAGUGAAUGCGAUAUGUAAUGUCAUGACACAGCAAAUGUACAAGUAGCACAUCAACCUAAUCAACUAGACCUUUCAC